AUGACACACCAACUGGGAAUCUCAACAAUGUCGCUGGGACGAGCAUGGGUUCACGACCUAGAACCGAAGCUCGAUCAAGCAGCAAAGUACGGCUAUGCUGGUCUCGAGAUCUUUUACGAAGAUCUGGUAUAUCACGCCAAAAAGAAGUUCGGAAGCGACAAGCCAGAAGACCAGAUACGGGCUGCCGAAGACAUUUAUUCCAUGUGCGAAAGCCGGGAUAUCGCUAUCAUCAACAUUCAGCCUUUCAUGCAUUACGACGGCCUAAUUGACCGACAAAAACACGCCGAGAGGAUUGAAGACCUCAAACUUUGGUUUAAACUCGCACAUGCACUUCACACAGAUAUGAUUGCUGUUCCUGCAUCUUUUCUGCCUGCAUCGGAAUGUACUGGUGAGAUGUCAGUCAUCGUCGCGGACCUCCAGGAACUAGCCGAUUUGGGCGCAGCACAGAAUCCUCCUCUUCGGUUUGCAUACGAAGCGUUAUGCUGGAGCACGCAUGUUCAAACUUGGGAGCACAGUUGGGAGAUCGUUUCUGCGGUCGACCGGCCCAAUUUCGGUCUUUGUCUUGAUACCUUCAAUAUCGCUGGUCGCAUUUACGCUGAUCCCACACAACCUUCUGGCAAGAGGCCGACUGCAGAUGCUGAUCUCGCAAACGCCAUUGCUACAAGGCUUGUUCGACCCGACAAGCUGUUCUUCGUCCAAGUCGUUGAUGCUGAAAGGUUAUCCUCACCCUUGGUCCCGGGUCAUCCAUUCUAUGACGCAGAGCAACUGCCUCGAAUGUCAUGGUCACGCAAUUGCAGAUUGUUCUAUGGAGAGCAAGAUCGUGGUGGAUAUCUGCCCAUUCGCGAGAUUCUGAAAGCGAUUUUGCAUGAUCUGGGCUAUACCGGAUGGCUGAGCUUCGAGUUGUUCAAUCGCUCCAUGGCGGAUCCAAGUCCUGACACGCCGGCUGAGCAUGCCAGACGCGGCGCUGAAUCUUUUGAGAAGAUGGUGGCUGAUUUGGAGCUCAAUGGUCAUGCUGCCGAUAGUGCGGUCAGUGUUAGCUCGCCAGGGGUUAAGGCAUGA